CUGAUUGUGUUGUUGUGUUAAGGUGAAUGUGUUGCUGUGCUGCUGCUCCUGUCUCCCUCUCCCAGCUGCACUCCUGCCUCCACCCAGUCUAGAUGUCUCUCGCGGUUUACUCCAAGUCAACCACACCCUUCGAGGGUCAGAAGCCAGGUACCAGCGGCCUUAGGAAAGCUGUUAAAGUAUUCCAACAGGAAAAUUACACCGAAAACUUUGUACAAUGCAUCCUGAGUGCCAUGGGUGGCUCCCUGAGUGGCAGCACACUUGUCGUUGGCGGUGAUGGACGGUACUUUGGAAAGAAAGCUGUUGAUAUUAUUAUCAAGAUGUGUGCAGCUAAUGGGGUGCGUAAAGUGAUGGUCGGUCAGAAUAGCAUCCUCUCCACACCGUGUGUUUCUUGUGUAAUACGGAAGUACAACACUGCUGGUGGCAUUGUUCUCACUGCCAGUCAUAACCCUGGUGGACCAGAUGCUGAUUUUGGUAUUAAAUUUAAUAUCUCAAAUGGAGGUCCUGCUCCCGAUGCGGUUACAAAUAAGAUCUAUGAAAUCAGCAAGAACAUAGUUGAGUACAGAAUAUGUCCAGAAGUACAUUGUGAUAUUUCUGUGGUAGGAACACAAGAGUUUGUGGUUGAAUCCCGACCAUUUACUGUGGAGGUGAUCGAUUCGGUAGCCGACUACGUGGCAUAUAUGAAAGAGAUAUUUGACUUUAGUGCCAUUAAAGACCUUCUUCAUGGAGCAACAGGCCAACCUCUUAAAGUUCUUAUAAAUGCCAUGCAUGGAGUGACGGGACCAUAUGUUCGGCGCAUCUUCUUGGAAGAACUAGAGGCCAGCGAGGACAGUGCUGUCAAUAUUGAACCUUUGGAAGACUUCGGAGGUCACCACCCAGACCCGAACUUGACGUAUGCCGCUGAUCUGGUCAAGGCCAUGAAGGAAGGAGAGUACGGCUUUGGUGCUGCCUUUGAUGGUGAUGGUGACCGUAACAUGAUCCUGGGGCACAAGGCAUUCUUCGUGACGCCCUCGGACUCCGUGGCAGUUAUUGCAGACAACACAGACUAUAUUCCUUACUUCAAGAAGACUGGCAUAAAAGGAUUUGCUCGAAGUAUGCCCACAGGAUGUGCUAUCGAUAGGGUUGCUGAAAAGAAAGGUGUUGAAGUGUUUGAAGUCCCAACUGGUUGGAAAUAUUUUGGAAACCUGAUGGAUGCUGGUCGGCUCUCCAUCUGUGGUGAGGAGAGCUUUGGAACAGGCAGUGACCAUAUUCGAGAGAAGGAUGGCAUAUGGGCAGUGUUGGCAUGGUUGUCCAUCUUAGCUGGCCGUAAUAUGUCAGUAGAGCAGAUCUUGCUUAGUCACUGGGGCACAUAUGGCAGGAACUUUUUCACCAGGUAUGAUUAUGAGAACUGUGAAAGCGAGCCAUGCAAUAAAAUGAUAUCUGCUUUGGAUGCCAUGAGCGGUGAUGCAUCUAUGGUUGGUAAACAGCUUUCUCAUGGAGAGAAGACUUACACUGUUGCCAAAAUUGACAACUUUCAGUACCAGGACCCCAUUGAUGGUGCUGUAGCAAAGAAACAGGGUGUCCGUAUUUUAAUGAGUGAUGGAUCUCGUAUUGUGUUCCGAUUGAGUGGCACUGGCAGUUCUGGUGCCACAGUCAGAGUUUACAUUGAAAGCUACGAAUCAGAUUCGUCUACUUUUACUAAAGAUGCACAGGAAGUCCUGAAACCUCUGGUUGAAAUUGCUCUGAAACUCUCCAAACUUGCUGAAUACACUGGACGCCAGGUUCCCACAGUCAUCACCUAAACUUUUUGUGGCAACUGAUUUAUACAAACUAUCUGCACUACUAACUGUGAAGUCAGAUACUUUUCUAUAAUAUGUUGCAAGAUUGGAUUAAUUUAAAAACGAAAUGGGCUCUUACCGAUACAAAUUCUAAAUGGUCCUGCAUUAUGGCUUCCUUGGAAGAUACGCCACUCGCUUAAGGUUCAUUCCACAAUGGAGAAUAAUUGGGUAAAAGUUGCAUUAGAACAUAAGUCAAUAAUUCAUAGUUAGACAUUCAAAUAUUUUCUAAUGUCAAGUAUGUAUAACUAUAUACUGUAUAUAUAAAAAAUCCUAACCAAGCAAGUGUUCCAUUGCUAGUCAUCUUCCACUGUAAAGUACAGAGCUUGUUAAAGACAUUUUAUGCACCAACAUUGAUAUACAAUAAUGUUAGUGCAUAAAAAGGAAUAAAGUUUUGUUGAAUAC